AUGGGAAAGAAAUCAAAUAACAAGAAGAACAAGAGACAAGAUGAUUCUCCACCUCCCUCUGAUGACGAGAACGUCGCAUCAAAGUUUGAGAAGAUGAGAAUCAAUCAGUUCACUGCUACUGGUGUUCUCACUACCAAGGAGUCUUCAAGAGAUAUCAAAAUUGAACAAGUUACACUCACAUUCCACGGAAAGGAGCUUCUAAGUGACACUACUGUGGAGAUUAACUUUGGUCGUCGUUACGGACUGCUAGGAUCUAAUGGUUGUGGAAAGUCUACAUUCCUGCAGUGCCUGGCCAUCCGUGAGCUGCCAAUCCCCAAACAUAUAGAUAUCUUCCAUUUGUCCGAGGAGGCCUACCCCUCUGAGCGCACUGCUCUCGAGUCGGUCAUUGACGACGUUGAGAAGGAGGUCAAGAGACUCGAGGCUGAGGAGGAGCGUCUGCUCGUUGAGGAGGGUCCAGAGAGUGAGGAACUGAUGGACAUCUACGAGAGAAUGGAGAGACUCGACCCAAGCACCUUUGUUGCCCGUGCCUCUGAGAUCCUCAUCGGUCUCGGUUUCACUUCCCAGACCAUGCUCAAGAAGACCAAGGACUUGUCUGGAGGUUGGAGAAUGAGAGUCUCCCUCGCCAAGGCACUCUUCAUCAAGCCAACUCUGUUGUUGCUCGACGAGCCAACCAACCAUUUGGACCUCGGAGCCUGUGUGUGGCUCGAGGACUACCUGAGCAGAUACGACAGAUCGCUCAUUGUCAUUUCACACUCUCAAGACUUCUUGAACAGCGUUUGCACCAACAUCAUUCACAUGAGAUCGUCCAUCCUCACCUACUAUGGUGGCAACUACGACACCUUUGUCAAGACCAAGGCCGAGCUCGAGGUCAACCAAAUGAAGGCCUAUCACAAGCAACAAGAGGAGAUUGCACAUAUCAAGUCUUUCAUUGCCUCUUGUGGUACCUACUCUAACCUUGUUAGACAAGGUAAGAGCAAGCAAAAGAUCAUUGACAAGAUGGAGGAAGCUGGAUUGGUAGAGAAGGUAGUUGAGGACAAGAAGUUCAACUUUAGAUUCCCACAAUGCCCAGAGCUUGCCCCACCCAUUAUCCAGUUCAACGAAGUCACUUUCUCCUACUCUGGAAAGGAGGCCGACGUUUUGUAUCGUGACUUGGACCUGUCCAUCGAUCUGGACUCGAGAGUUGCCCUUGUCGGACCAAACGGUGUUGGCAAGUCCACACUGCUCAAGCUGAUCUGCCAACAGAUCCAGCCCACCAAAGGAGAGAUUCGCAAGCACGGUCAUUUGAAGAUUGCCCGUUACCAUCAGCACGCUGCCGAGGCCCUCGACCUGACCAUGACCCCGCUGGACUUUGUCAAGAUGAAGUUCCCACAAUUCGAGAAGGACACUGAGGAGUGGCGUCGUGAGAUUGGCCGUUUCGGUGUCACUGGCAAGUCGCAAACAGAGGCCAUUGGCUGCAUGAGUGACGGAGUCAAGAGUCGUCUGAUCUUCUGUCUGAUGGCGCUGGAGAACCCACACAUGCUACUGCUGGACGAGCCCACUAACCAUUUGGAUAUGGAGUGUAUUGACGCUUUGGCCGAGGCCAUCAACGACUUCCCCGGUGGAAUGGUUCUAGUCAGUCACGAUUUCAGACUGAUCUCCCAGGUUGCCGACCAGAUCUGGGUUUGCGACAACAAGACCAUCGCUCCAUGGAAAGGAGACAUCUCUUCCUACAAGGCCAAGCUAAAGAAGGAUAUGUUGCAGCAAUAA